AUGGAGGAACUUUGUUACAGCUUCGAGCCGGAAGACUCCACUCCUGAAUUCCCCUUCUGGGACCAGGCAGAUCCCAACCCUCAGCUGGACAACUUCCUACCGGACUACUCCUCCCUGGCAGAGCGGGCGGGGGGUGCUGAAUUGGACAGCUCCCCAUCGCCUCCGGGGCCCGCCGCCGCCCCGCCGCCGCCGCCCGGCCACCUCCACCAGCGGCACGCCGCCAACGUCCGCGAGAGGAAGAGGAUGCUCAACAUCAACUCGGCCUUUGAGCAGCUCAGGUGCCACGUACCAACCUUCCCGUACGAGAAGCGCCUUUCCAAAAUCGACACGCUCCGGCUGGCCAUCGCCUACAUCGCUCUCCUCGGCGAGAUCCUCCUCUCCGGAUGCGAUCCCAAAUCCUACGUGGAGCGGUGCCUGAAGAACGGUUUGCAAAGCCAGCGGCAGGCAACCUGGAAUACAAGUGAUCUGACAGCCCGCCUGUCUUGGGUAAAGUGGGAUUAA